UCGCCAAUUUCGCCACCAGAAUUCCCUGGCCCUCUGACGGUGGUUCGUGACAAAUUGGUGUGUUGACGAAAAAAACUGGAAAACCCAAAACUGUGGGCGGAAGGAAAGUGAGGUUAAGGCGAUCAAGGCAUAAUUUUCAAAACAAUCUGGAAUCUUUGGGAUUAAAUUAAAAAGAAACUUCGGGUGCAAUUUUUUCCCUGUGAGGCUCUCACAAGUAAAAACCUGGAGACUGAUAUCCUUGCGGAACCACAGGGUUCUGAUACGGAAAAGAUGGAUAUUGAUGGGCAGAUACCCGAUGUCAUUCCACUGCCAUACCUACCGCUGUCUUCCUCAUCGAAUACGCAGCUAAUCCCUCGAAUUGAUGAGAGUACCAACUUCGGUGGGGGAAAUCUCAUGGACAGAUUUAUCAAACUAGUGGAUGAGUUGGACAAUCAUGUGGAGAAAUUGCGAAAAGAUGCCAUUACAUUGCAAGAGAAGAGAGACUACCUGUCCAUGUCGAUGGACCUGCUGAAGAAUAAUGAUCUCCUAUCGAAUCUUCAGGAAUAUGAACGAGAAGAGAUUAAUUGCUACAUGCAGAGGGUACACUCACGUCUUGCCACGGUUGAGCUAAAUGUGAAAACCGUACGGAAUUCAGCGCAAGAGGAAUGCCUGCAUCAGGUGAAUGUCUUCAUUGAUUCCCUGAUCUCAAGUCCGGAUGCUGUAAUAUCACGACAACGGUGCCAAAUGUUCCUCAAUGCAUGCGAUGGUGCACCCGAGGCUGCUUCUGGCUCCACUAGGGACCCGUGUGAAUUGACUGUGGACAAGAAGUUUGAGAGCUCCCUCCUUGGAUGCACCCUUGAUGAUCAGAAGACCAUUAAGAAGCGCCUGCAUGCACUCAUCACGUACCUCAAUAAGCAAACAAUUUCGGAUUAAAUUCACAAAAUUCAUUCCCAUGGCCAUGUCGCGGAAAAAAUCUCUCUAAAAAACGCUUCUAAUUGAUAAUUUUCACCUCUAAUCACACAAUCCGGCGACUUUGGAGGCCUCAAAUGUUCAAUUUCUUCUUAUUUGAUGUAAUAUUUUGAAUGAAAAAAAAAAAGAAA